UGUGGGGGGGCCCCCGAGAGCGCCCCAACCCCCAGCCCCACACGCGUGACCAUGCUGUCCCGCCUGCUGAAGGAACACCAGGCCAAGCAGAACGAGCGCAAGGAGCUGCAGGAGAAGAGACGUCGAGAGGCCAUCAAUGCAGCGACCUGCCUGACAGAAGCUUUGGUGGAUCAUCUAAAUGUGGGUGUUGCACAGGCCUACAUGAACCAGAGGAAGUUGGACCAUGAAGUGAAGACCCUGCAAAUCCAGGCGGCUCAGUUUGCCAAGCAGACAGGCCAGUGGAUUGGGAUGGUGGAGAACUUCAACCAGGCACUCAAGGAAAUCGGGGAUGUGGAGAACUGGGCUCAGAGCAUCGAGCUGGACAUGCGCACCAUCGCCACCGCGCUGGAGUAUGUCUAUAAAGGCCAGCUGCAGUCCGCCCCGUCCUAAGCACUCUGCCCUUUCCCUUUCCAGCUCGGCUGUGCCCCAGCAGUCUGAGUAAUAAAACACAAGCCU